AUGCUCGUAUGCGGCAUUCGUUUGAAUUCGCCAAAACCCAGUCGCCUGAGAGUCGCGCGCUACUCCUCCACGAAUUCUCUGAGGUAUCAAGCUCCGCCAUGGCUAGAAUCGCCAGGAUCCCCAGCAAACAACGCUACAUUCGCCUCUAUUCUCCGCCAAUGCAGCAGCUCGAGGGAUCUCCUCCGCGGAAGGCAAAUCCACGCCGAGCUCCAGGUGAUGGGCUCCGAACGCGACACAUUCCUGGGAAAUCUCCUCGUCCGGAUGUAUGGUACCUGUGGCUGCCUCCGCGAUUGCUUCUCGGCAUUCGCGAGGAUCCAGCGCCGCAACGCCUUCUCCUGGAACAUCAUCAUCACUGCGUGCAUCCAAAACAAUGCUGUGGGUGAAUCGAAAGGGCUUUUUGAUAGAAUGCCGGAGCGCGACACUAUCACCUGGAAUUCUCUCCUUUCAGCAUAUGCCCAAAGAGGGCAUUUGGAAGAAGCAAAUGAUUUAUUCUACAUGAUGCCCGAAAGGGAUUACAUGUCCUGGAAUACUUUGAUUCAAGCCUCUGCUAGUAGUAAUUUAGAUCUCGCUCAAGAAAUAUAUCAUUAUAUGCCAGAGCACAGCCACGUUUCUUGGUCUGUUAUGCUUACAGCAUAUGCCAAUUUUGGGCAUCUUGACAAAACGAGAUCUUUGUUUGACUCUAUGCCAGAAAGAAAUCUUAUUUCGUGGACGGCUAUGGCUGCUGGCUAUGCCCAAAAUGGCUAUCUUCAAGAAUCUUACAGCGUGUUCCUGAGGAUGCCCCAGAGAAAUCUUGUCUCGUGGAACGCAAUGCUCCAAGCAAAUGCCGGUGUAGGUCAAUGCGAGGAGAUCUUCUCCACGAUGCCGGAGCGCGACGUUUUCUCGUGGACGGCGAUGAUCACAGUCUAUGGCGAGUUUGAUGAUCCUCACAAAGCAAGGAGAUGCUUUGAUUUGAUGCCGCAUAAGAACGUUGUCUCGUGGAGUGCGAUGUUCCAGGCGUAUGCCCAGCACGGGCAUGCAGAACCCGCUAAGCAAUUGUUUGAAAGGAUGCCUUCUCACAGCUCGAUGACACUAAACUCCGCUCUUCAGCUCCAAAUUCUUUGCGGAAAUGUUCAAGAAGCCAGGAAGUUUUUUGAUUCCAUGCCACUCCAGGAUUCCGUAUCGUGGACUAUAAUGGUUUCGGCGUAUGCCCAAGGCGGGCAUAUCGAGCAGGCCAAGAACCUGUUUGAGUCUCUUCCUUGGAAGAGCCUAGCUUGCGAAAAUGCGAUGCUUCAGGCGUACUCCCUCAAUGGCGACCUUGAAAAUGCGAAGCUUGUGUUUGAUCGCAUGACUAAGAGGGACGUUGUCUCGUGGACGACUAUGAUCGGAGCGUAUGCCCAAAACGGGUAUGCCUUCAAUGCGAAAUCACUGUUUGAUCGCUUUGAGCGGAAGAACAUCAUCGCCUGGACAGCCAUGGUCCACGCUUACUCGCAGAACAAGAGCUUUGAUCUCGCGAGAGAGAUGUUUGAGAGAAUGCCGCAGCACGACGUUGUUGUGUGGACAAUCAUGGUGGCGGCCAUGUCCGACAGCGAGAUGAUAGAAAAUGCUCAAGAAUUCUUCCUCGGAGCUCCCCAGAGGAACGUUUUCUUGUGGAACGCGAUGAUCCAAGCGUAUGCCCAGAACGGCCGCCUCCACGAAGCGGAGGAUCUCUUCCAGAAACUCCCCAAGCGCGAAGUCUCCUCGGUCAUCACCAUCAUCACAGCGUAUGCUCAAAACGGGAGAAUCGAUGCUGCGAUCCGAGCUUUCAAGUGUCUCAAAUACCACAGCGCUGUGUGCUGUACGGUGAUGAUCUUAGCCUACGCGCAGAGCGAUCGGUUCCUCGACGCCAAGCGACUCUUCGAAUCGAUGCCCGACUCGGAGAAGACCACCGUGUGUUGCAACGCGAUGCUCCAGGCCUGCGCCAUUGCUGGAGCGGCGAGAGAAGCAGGCGAGCUCUUCGAAUCCAUGUCUCACAGAACUUCCAUCACCUGGACGACGAUGAUCUCGGCCUACGCUCAAGCCGGGGACACGACUAAAGCCACCGAGAUCUUCCAGCGAAUGGACCACCGCAUGAACGUCGCGGCCUGGAACGCGCUCAUCGCCGGGUUCGUCCACAACUUAGACUGGCGAGCAGCGAUCAACGUCUUCCAGAAGAUGGACCUCGAGGCCGUCAAGCCAAACUCCAAGACACUGCUCAGCGUGCUCGAGGCCGGGUCCAUGGUGGCCAGCCUCAAAACUUGCGAGAUCAUCCACUCCUGCGUCGCGGAAUCGGGCAUGGAGCUCCAGACGAUCGUUGCCAACAGCGUGAUGAACAUGUACGCCAAGUGUGGAUCGCCGGGCCGAGCGUGGAAGCUCUUCCAGAGCAUGCCUCACCGGACGGAAGUGUCGUGGAGCAUCGCGAUCGCGGCUUUCGCUCAAAAUGGUGGCUGGAGGAGAGCUUUGGAGAUCGUCCAAGCCAUGGAGCUCGAGGGGGUCAAGCCCAGCAGCGUCACCUUUGUGAGCAUCCUCUCGGCUUGCAGCCAUGCCGGAUUGCUUGGACGAGCACAGGAAUACUUUGCUUCCAUGCGAGCCGACUAUAACAUCUGUCCCAGGGAGGAUCACUAUGUCUGCAUGGUGGAUCUCUUGGGACGAACUGGCCAGCUCCAGGAGGCCGAGGAUCUGAUCGGAGUUAUGCCGGUGGAUAUCAAAGCAUUGUCGAGUGAUCCCGCAACUUGGACGACUUAUCUGGCCGCUUGCAAGAGCCAUGGCGAUGGACCUCGAGCAUCGCGAGCUGGCGAUAGAAUUUAUCGCUUGGAUCCGGAGAAUGCACUACCGUAUGUUCUGAUAUCGAAUCUACACGCGGAAGCAAGCUGCGGUUGAUUGCAUCUUGAACACAACUUAUCUCGUGGGUUUCUUCUUGCCA